UUUAACAAUCAAGUGAGAAGAGUUAUUUGUUAAAGAGACAAAAUGUUUGCUCUUCCGACUUUGCAUUUUACACCACAACAAGUGGCACAAGUUUGUGAGACGCUGGAAGAAAGUGGAGAUAUUGAGCGCUUAGGACGCUUUCUGUGGUCUUUGCCUGUUAACCCUUCUGCCUGUGAAGCUUUGAACAAACAUGAAUCAGUUUUGAGAGCCCGAGCACUUGUUUCUUUCCACACAGGAAAUUACAGAGACCUUUAUCAUAUUCUUGAGCAUCAUAAAUUCACCAAAGAGUCCCAUGCCAAAUUACAGGCGAUGUGGCUGGAAGCCCAUUACCAGGAAGCCGAAAAACUUCGCGGACGACCCUUGGGUCCCGUGGACAAAUAUCGAGUUAGGAAGAAGUUCCCCCUUCCCAGAACAAUUUGGGACGGGGAACAAAAAACACAUUGCUUCAAAGAGAGAACCCGUAACCUUCUAAGGGAGUGGUACCUCCAAGACCCUUACCCCAACCCAACCAAGAAACGGGAGCUGGCAACAGCAACUGGGCUGACGCCUACUCAAGUUGGCAACUGGUUCAAGAAUCGGCGACAGAGAGACAGAGCCGCUGCGGCUAAAAAUCGUCUUCAGAGCCAGCAGAGCGGAGAUAAACUUAAUUGUUUAGGAGCCUCAUCGCCAACAAUUACUUCAUUCGACGAUGAUGAAAAAAUUGAUGUUGACGUCGAUGACGAUGAUGAUGAUUUCGAUAAUUUGGAUGAUUCUCGCAGCAGCACGAGUUCUCCAAACUCCCAAGUCUCCGCACAAAGCCCGCACAGCCAGAUGAAAUUGUCACCUACGUAAUGGGUCAAAACUGUUAUCGACAUAUACUGCUAAUCGGGAUUCUGGGUCGAUACUGACGA